AUGGGUCAACUUCUCUCUCAUCCCAUAGAGGAUAAGGAGUUAGACUACCAAAGUCACGAUACCCUUUCGUACUGUAUUGGCUCAAUGCAAGGCUACAGGAUGACGAUGGAGGACGCUCACGACGUGCGAAUCAACGAAGACGAGAGUUUGGCUGUUUUCGGGGUCUUUGACGGCCACGGAGGCAAAACUUGCUCAGACUAUUUGGCAGACCACUUGGUCAAAUAUAUCUUCAAACAUCUCAAUUGCCGUCCAGAUAAAUCGCCGCUUGUAUUAGCCGACUAUCUUCGUAUCAUCAAAGACUCGUUUUUCAAGAUCGACCACGACUUGCUGCUGAUGCCGAACUUGGUUAACUGUGGUCUGACAGGUAUCGUGCUGACAAUCGUAAGAGACAAGUAUAUUGUAGUAGCCAACACUGGUGAUUCGCGUUGUAUUCUUUCUAUAGAUGGCCACGCUAAGACAUUGUCAUAUGACCACAAGCCUGUCAUCAUGAAUGAGCGUAUACGGGUAGAAAACAGUAACGGCUACAUUCUCAAUAAUCGUAUCAACGAGAUUCUAGCCUUGUCGCGUGCUUUCGGUGAUUUCAAGUUCAAAUUAUCGUUUAUCGAGACUUCGCGUAACAAGUAUAUCAACCAGAACAAGCUGCAUUUCAAAAACCAUCUCGUGCACUUGCCGCCGGAACUCUUCCAGGUCACUGUAGAGCCUGAUUUGUUGGUGUAUGACUUGCAGAAUGCUGAGGGUGUACCGGAAUUCAUCGUAGUAGCCUGCGAUGGUAUAUGGGACUGCUAUAAAAACAGUCAGUUGAUCAAGGUGAUUCGUGACAAGUUGGCCUUGGGCUGGAAAUUGAAUAAAAUCAUCGAAUUUGUAUUGCACGAAUGUUUGCUAAUGGCUAAUAACUAUACUGGGAUAGGUUUCGACAACAUGACCAUCAUCAUUGUAGCAUUGCAUAGCAAUAGCAAUAUGGAUGAAUGGUACGAGAACAUGAAGCAGAAAAUUCUUACCGAGAAAAAUUUGGUAUGA